AUGUAUCUGUACAAGCUACAUUUUGACAGUGCAAAUACGAAAAAACCCCUCCGAUCAAUAAUGAUCAAAUCUCGAAUCGAAAACACCAUAGAUCUUAUCCGAGGAAGUUCAGUUAGCGAGGCACAAAAGAUUAGAAAUCGACAGGGUCGAGUCGAGUACAGGGCUAAUACAGGGCAUAUUCCACUGCUCUGGGUCUCGGGACAAGAUCCCCAGUAA